CUGGGGACCCAGUGGCUCAGGGAUAAAUGCGCAGCCUGAGAGGGGGUGAGCUGACACUGUCCCAGCUGCCACCUAGACUCGGAGUUCCAUCCAAACCUCCAACGAAGACAUCCCAGGUCAGCUCCAGCACCUGCCUUCUUGGAGUGGGGAAGACUCUUAAAGGGCAAGGGAUUUCUGGUUCCUUAAGAGAUCAACUGUCUACACUUACACCUCCUGUCCUGCAGCCAUGGCCAUGCAGAAAAUCUUUGCCCGGGAAAUCCUGGACUCCAGGGGCAACCCCACAGUGGAGGUGGACCUGCACACAGCCAAGGGCCGAUUCCGAGCAGCUGUGCCCAGUGGGGCUUCCACGGGUAUCUAUGAAGCUCUGGAACUAAGAGAUGGCGACAAAGGCCGCUACCUGGGGAAAGGAGUCCUGAAGGCUGUGGAGCACAUCAACAAGACUCUAGGCCCUGCUCUGCUGGAAAAGAAACUAAGUGUUGUGGAUCAAGAAAAAGUUGACAAAUUUAUGAUUGAGCUGGAUGGGACCGAGAAUAAGUCCAAGUUUGGGGCCAAUGCCAUCCUGGGCGUGUCCUUGGCCGUGUGUAAGGCGGGAGCAGCUGAGAAGGGGGUCCCCCUGUACCGCCACAUCGCAGAUCUCGCUGGGAACCCUGACCUCAUACUCCCAGUGCCAGCCUUCAAUGUGAUCAACGGGGGCUCCCACGCUGGAAACAAGCUGGCCAUGCAGGAGUUCAUGAUUCUGCCUGUGGGAGCCAGCUCCUUCAAGGAAGCCAUGCGCAUUGGUGCUGAGGUCUACCACCACCUUAAGGGGGUCAUCAAGGCCAAAUAUGGGAAGGAUGCCACCAAUGUGGGUGAUGAAGGUGGCUUUGCACCCAACAUCCUGGAGAACAAUGAGGCCCUGGAGCUGCUGAAGACAGCCAUCCAGGCAGCUGGUUACCCAGACAAGGUGGUGAUCGGCAUGGAUGUGGCAGCAUCUGAGUUCUAUCGCAAUGGGAAGUACGAUCUUGACUUCAAGUCGCCUGAUGAUCCCGCACGGCACAUCACUGGGGAGAAGCUCGGAGAGCUCUAUAAGAGUUUUAUCAAGAACUAUCCUGUGGUCUCCAUCGAGGACCCCUUUGACCAGGAUGACUGGGCCACUUGGACCUCUUUCCUCUCGGGGGUGAACAUCCAGAUUGUGGGGGAUGACCUGACAGUCACCAACCCCAAGAGGAUUGCCCAGGCCGUUGAGAAGAAGGCCUGCAACUGUCUGCUGCUAAAGGUCAACCAGAUUGGCUCGGUGACUGAAUCAAUCCAGGCGUGCAAACUGGCUCAGUCUAAUGGCUGGGGGGUGAUGGUGAGCCACCGCUCUGGGGAGACUGAGGACACAUUCAUUGCUGACCUUGUGGUGGGGCUCUGCACAGGACAGAUCAAGACUGGCGCCCCCUGCCGCUCAGAGCGUCUGGCCAAAUACAACCAACUCAUGAGGAUCGAGGAGGCUCUUGGGGACAAGGGAGUCUUUGCUGGACGCAAGUUCCGUAACCCGAAGGCCAAGUGAGAAGCUAGAGGCUCUAGGACUCCACUGGACAGACCCAGGUCUUCCAGACCUGCUUCCUGAAAUAAACACUAGUGCCAACCAA